AUGGUAGUUCGUGGGAACCGCCGAGAGACCGAGGGAGCUGCGAGAGUAGACAACGAUACUGAGAUCUUAAUCAAACCCGCGAAUGAAAAUGACGAGUUCGCCGUGAACAAGAAAAGCACAAAUGGUUUUGUAAGAGUAUUCGCCUUCGGCGAGACUAAGCUCUACGUCCUCGAAUGUAUUGCUUUCGUCGCUGCGAUUACGUCGGGCGUUGCUGUGGCCAUGGUCAACCUGGUCAUGGGAAACUUUUUGACACUGCUGAGCCACUUCAGCUUCUCCGACGCCAAUUCAAUGUCGGGCAAUUUCAUGUCUGCGGUGCGGACGUCGGCUCUGUACUUCGUUUACAUCGGUGUUGCGCGCCUCGUGGCUACCUACAUCUACGCCUCUCUCUUUACCUACGUCGCAUACCACUUGACCCGCAAUGUCCGACAAAGCUAUCUACAGGCAGCCUUCAGCCAAGAAAUUGCAUACCACGACCGGGGUACCACCGGCUCAAUAUCUCAACAAGCGACCACGAACGGCAAGCUUAUCCAAUCUGGCAUCGCAGAGAAACUCGGCAUCGUAAUUCAAGCGAUCGCUACCUUCGUGGCAGCGUUUAUAAUCGCGUUUGUAACACAAUGGAAGCUAACUUUGAUCCUUAUCUUUAUGGUGCCUACUCUGCUUAUUGUGCUCGGCACGGCCGGUGGCAUCGAUGCCAUAAUCGAGACCAAGAUCCUGCAGAUCUAUGCCCAAGCUAGUAGCUAUGCCGAGAGUGUCCUCGGAGGGGUCCGUACCUUUCAGGCAUUCAGCCUUCAACUGAGGGUGAUGGCCAAGUACGACUCAUACCUCCAGUAUGCAUAUACGCAGGGAAUGAAAAAGAAUAAGCUGUACGGCAUCGUGUUCGGAGGGCAGUAUUUCAUUGUCUAUGCCGGCAUGGGUCUGGCCUUCUGGCAGGGAGUUGCCAUGUUCGACCGCGGUGAGAUUUCUGAUCUGGGAACCGUUUUUACUGUUCUCUUCUCCGUCAUUAUGGCCGCACAGACGAUCAUGCAAGUAGCACCGCACAUGGUUACCUUCAGCCGUGCAGCAACUGCAGCCUCGGAGCUGUGCGCUCUCAUCGAUAGGGAAUCUGACAUCAACCCUUUCGAUGAAUUGGGAGAGAAACCUAACGAAGUUGUUGGCUCCAUCGAUCUGAACGGUGUCACCUUCAGCUAUCCUACGCGUGCAGACAUCCCCGUCUUAGAAGACUUUACCUUAAAUAUCCCCGCAGGAAAGGUUACAGCGUUAGUGGAACCAAUACUUUUCAAUGCCAGCGUUUUUGAGAACAUUGCCAACGGCCUCGUCGGUACCGAAUGGGAGGCGGCAUCACAAGAGGAACAAAUGCGGCGUGUCCAAGAGGCCGCAAAGCUUGCUUUCGCGCACGACUUUAUAAAGGCCCUGCCACAAGGAUACUACACGUGUAUCGGUGAGAGAGGAGGCCUACUUUCGGGUGGACAGAAGCAGCGGAUUGCCAUCGCCCGCAGCGUCAUCUCGCAGCCCAAAAUACUACUCCUCGACGAAGCGACCAGCGCGCUUGAUCCGCACGCCGAGGGAAUUGUCCAGAAGGCCCUCGACAACGCCUCUCAGAAUUGGACAACCAUCGUCAUCGCCCACAAGCUUGCGACCAUCUACAACGCGGAUAACAUCGUGGUCAUGUCCAAAGGCAAGAUCAUGGAACAGGGGCAUCACGAAGAGCUGCUGUCCAAGAACGGCAUCUACGCCGCUCUCGUCAAGGCCCAGGAUCUUGCGCCGGCUAACAUGGAGAAGAACCACAGCUGGGAGAACACCAAUGCAACUGAUGAGACUUCGGAGAAGGGGGACGAUAAUUUCGAUUAUGUUCAGUCCCUUGACAGGAUGAGGACGGCCGAGACGCAGCAAUGGGCUGCAACAAAGGAUCGAGAAGAACACGACUUAUACGAGAAGACGGGAAUUGUUUACAAUGCUUGGAAGCUUCUGAGAGGCACGCGUGAUAUCAGACUUUGGUUCGCUGUCACAGUAGCAGCGUGCAUGGGAGGAGCUGUCGUCAACCCUGGACAAGCCCUCUUGCUAGGCAAUAUCAUGAGUGUAUUUAGUGCCUCAAACAUGGUUGCUCGUGGCAACUUCAUCUCGCUAAUGUUCUUCGUCAUGUCGGUCGGCAUUCUCAUCAUAUACUUCGUCAUGGGCUGUCGACCAAUACUAUCGCACAGUAAGAAGAUGCGACGAGACAUUUUAGAGUCCUUCCUCCGGCAGGACCUCCGGUUCUUCGACCGGCCGGAAAACACGGUCGGUGCGCUCAUCAGCCGCCUCGAUUCUUACCCACAGGCCAUCCUAGAACUGAUGGGUUUCACUGUCGCCAUCAUCCUCAUGUCUGUAUUAAACAUCGUCGCGUCUAGCAUUCUCGCGAUCGUUGUGUCUUGGAAACUCGGGCUGGUCGGCGUCUUCGUCGGCCUGCCGUCCAUGAUGCUAGGCGGCUAUGCGCGCGUCAGGCUUGAGGCCAAGAUGGACGACGAAAUGGACCAGAGGCUGUCAGCAAGUGCUGCGGUGGCUUCGGAGACAGUCAUGGCGAUCCGUACUGUGUCUUCGCUUGCCAUCGAGAGUAUCGCGCUGAGGAAGUACGUCUACGAGCUCGACCUCGCGAUAUCCCAGGCGUGUGGGCCCAUGUUCCACAUGAUGACCUGGUUCUCUCUCACACAGUCUAUCGAGUACUUCGUGCUGGCCUUGGGGUUCUGGUGGGGAUCGAAGUUGAUCAACGACGGGGAAAUUAGCCUCUACCAGUUCAUCGUAUCCUUUAUGGGUGUUUACUUCUCCGGCCAAGCCACCGCGUUGGCUUUCAGUUUCGCCAGCAGCUUAACCAAGGCAAAUCAGGCUGCCAACUACUACUUCUGGCUCGACGGGCUCGAUGUAGCCAUCCGUGAUACCAAUAACAACCGCAACGAGGGGCCCAAGCAUGGGUGUCGCUCCUACGACUUCCAAGACGUGCAGUUCUCCUACCCCCAGGCGCCUAACAAGCGGGUUCUCAGGGGCGUGUCACUGUCGAUUCAAAGAGGUGACUUUGUGGCUUUCGUCGGCGCCUCAGGCUGUGGCAAGAGCACUAUGAUCUCGCUCCUAGAGCGUUUCUACGACCCAACAAGUGGCGUCAUCACCCUCGACUCGUCUACGCCGUUGUCGUUCAUCAACCCCCUUCUGUACCGCAAGCAGGUGGCCCUGGUGCAACAAGAGCCGACACUAUUCCCCGGCACGAUCCGUGAAAACAUCUCGCAGGGCGUGCCAGACCUCGGCGCAACGGAGAUGGCGUCGAAUGAGGCUUUGGAGGAGGCGUGCCGGGCGGCUAACGUGUGGGAGUUCGUGUCAUCGCUGCCCGAGGGCCUCGACACACCGUGCGGGCUAAGUGGCAGCCAGCUCUCAGGUGGUCAGCGGCAGCGCAUCGCUAUCGCCCGGGCACUGGUGCGCAAGCCCAACGUGGUCCUGCUGGAUGAGGCGACGAGUGCCCUGGAUACCGAGUCGGAAAAGCUCAUUCAGGGCGCGGUGUUGCAGGCAGAGUCAUCCGGCAACCGUAUCACCAUUGCGGUGGCGCAUCGCCUUUCGACCGUGCGCGACGCUAACUACAUCUUCGUCUUCUACGCAGGCAAGGUUGUGGAGGUCGGGACGCACUACGAGCUGGUUGCGAAAGGGGGCAUGUAUGCCAAGAUGUGCGAGGCUCAGAAGCUUGACGGCGGUGCAUGA